AUCAAUCAUUAAAUUAUUUUGUUUGAUUGUUUAAACAUUAGCUAAGAAGAAAAAAAUUAUUCCAAAAAAAGAAAAUUUGAUAUUAAAUUAUUUUGUUUGAUUGUUUAAACAUUAGCUAAGAAGAAAAAAAUUAUUCCAAAAAAAGAAAAUUUGAUAUUUAGAGAUAUAGAAACUCAUAUUAGUUGAAAGGGGCCCUUCGUUCCAAUCGGAUAUUGAGAGUGUACUUCCGUUUCAUCACUUCGUAAAAAAAUUGGUAAUCUGAAAAAAGAUGGAGUGGGAGGGCAACGAGAAAGAAGUGAAGGCGGCCGGAGCGGAGCUACUCAGCGACGGGCGGCAAGGGCUUCGAAUUCACGGUUGGGAAAUCGAGUCUCGCAAGUGCUCUAUCCUCAAUUCCGCCCAACGUCAACAAUGGGAAGAACGACUUUCGACAUCCCACUUGCCAGAGAUGAUAUUUGGGGAGAAUUCUCUGACCCUUAAGCAUGUGACCAGUGGUGUUAAAAUUCACUUCAAUGCAUUUGAUGCGCUGGUUGGAUGGAAGCAGGAAGGAUUGCCGCCCGUUGAAGUUCCAGCAGCUGCAAUAUGGAAAUGCAGAAAUAAACCCUCACAACAGAUGGUUCUUGAUUAUGACUAUACCUUCACAACACCAUAUUGUGGAAGUGAAAUGAUUGAAACAAAUUCUCAGAAUGAAAGAGGAACACCAAAGGAAAACAGCUGCAGUCUCCAGUGGGUGAACUGCAAGGAGAAAAUUGAUUUAGUUACACUGGCAUUAAAGGAGCCUAUUCUAUUUUAUGAUGAGAUCAUCUUAUAUGAAGAUGAAUUGGCUGAUAAUGGAAUAUCCCUUUUGACGGUUAAAGUGAGAGUUAUGCCUACUGGUUGGUUCCUUCUGCUGCGUUUUUGGCUUAGGGUUGAUGGGGUGCUGAUGCGGCUGAGGGAUACUCGUUUGCACUGCACCUUUGUGGCGCCUGGGAAAUCAGUUAUUCUUCGAGAAAGCUGCUGGAGAGAAACCUCAUUUGAAUCCUUAGCUUCUAAAGGUUUGCCAACUGAUUCUUCUGCCUAUAGUGAUCCGAGCAUAAGCAGUGAAAGGCUUCCGGUCAUACUGCAGAGAACCCAAAAGCUCAAUAUUUCAGAUUCCAUGUAAGCAAUAUGUUAGAUUCCAUGUAAGUGAUAUGUGCUCUACUGCUCUAGGCAAUGCUACGGUGAAUAUUUUUUAUGGAAUUUAUCGGGUGAUAAUUUUUUGUUCGCAUUAGUGUUUAUUAAGCUCUACCCAUAAUGUAAUAUUGCAUUUUUACUUUUUUUACUCUUAAUGUUUAUGUCUGUUUAUAUUUUUGUCGAUUUGCAUUUUGUUUGGACAUAAGUAGUGUUGAACAUUGAAAUAUGUAGCUCCCUGAAGAGGUGCACUUAUCUAGUUAUCUUUUAAGAUUUGAAAAAUAUAUUGUUUGAUGCUCGUAAAGAUUCCUAAAUUACUGUUGUGAUCAUGAAAAAUGAGAACAGAAUAAGUUAAGAGAGCUUCUGUCCAGUGUUUGUGGAAGAAUCAGAUGCUUGACAGCCUGUUCAGGCAGCCACCUGGGCAGAAAUGCAAAGUCCGAAUUCAGCCUUUUUGGAGCCUCAGGUCAACUAAGACCCGCCUAAGUUUCUUGAUGGCGCCUGCUUGAAAGGAAAAGUGCAGUUAAUGUCCUAAAAUCCCCAGCUGGCCUUUCCGACAACAGCUUCUUCACCUGAAUCAGGUAUAGAGCUUUGAAUAUGG